AUGGCCUUGCAACCUGGGACAAACCGAAGCAGCGUCCGGCCCGGGACCAGGACUGGAAGAUAGGAGGAAUGUCUGAAGCCUAUCUGCGCAGGAAGAGCCAUUCCGAGAGGCAAGGUGCGUUGAAACAUGAGCAGUCAUCCCCACAUCUCAUCCAGGCCACAUGGACCAGCUCCAUCUUCCACCUGGACCACGACGAUGUGAACGACCAGAGCGUGUCCAGUGCCCAGGCCUUCCAGGCAGAGGAGAAGAAAUGCAAAGGGUACAUACCCAGUUACUUAGACAAGGACGAGCUGUGUGUGGUGUGUGGUGACAAGGCCACGGGAUAUCAUUACCGCUGCAUCACGUGUGAAGGCUGCAAGGGCUUCUUUAGAAGAACCAUCCAGAAGAAUCUCCAUCCGUCCUAUUCCUGUAAAUAUGAAGGAAAAUGCGUUAUAGACAAAGUUACGCGAAACCAGUGCCAGGAAUGUCGCUUUAAAAAAUGCAUCUAUGUUGGCAUGGCAACGGAUCUGGUGCUGGACGACAGCAAGCGGCUGGCCAAGAGGAAGCUCAUCGAGGAGAACCGAGAGAAGCGGCGGCGGGAGGAGCUGCAGAAAUCCAUGGGCCACAAGCCGGAGCCCACAGACGAGGAGUGGGAGCUGAUCAAGACCGUCACCGAGGCCCACGUGGCCACCAACGCGCAGGGCAGCCACUGGAAGCAGAAGCGGAAAUUCCUGCCUGAAGAUAUCGGACAGGCACCCAUCGUCAAUGCCCCAGAAGGAGGGAAGGUCGACCUGGAGGCCUUCAGCCAUUUUACAAAAAUCAUCACACCAGCAAUUACCAGAGUGGUGGAUUUUGCCAAAAAGUUGCCUAUGUUUUGUGAGCUGCCAUGUGAAGACCAGAUCAUCCUCCUCAAAGGGUGCUGCAUGGAGAUCAUGUCCCUUCGUGCCGCCGUGCGCUAUGACCCAGAAAGUGAGACCCUGACCCUCAACGGGGAGAUGGCCGUGACGCGGGGCCAGCUGAAAAACGGGGGUCUCGGGGUGGUGUCGGAUGCCAUCUUCGACCUGGGCAUGUCGCUGUCUUCGUUCAACCUGGACGACACAGAGGUGGCCCUUCUGCAGGCUGUUCUGCUGAUGUCCUCAGAUCGUCCAGGGCUCGCGUGUGUUGAAAGGAUAGAGAAAUACCAAGACAGCUUCCUGUUGGCCUUUGAACACUAUAUCAACUACCGCAAACACCACGUGACACACUUUUGGCCAAAACUCCUGAUGAAGGUGACAGACCUGCGGAUGAUCGGCGCCUGCCACGCCAGCCGCUUCCUGCACAUGAAGGUGGAGUGCCCCACGGAACUCUUCCCCCCUUUAUUCCUGGAAGUGUUCGAGGAUUAGACGGACUGGAUCCAUCACACAAUUACUCCGACAGCACUACCGGGUGUCAUUUCAUUCCAUUGCCUCGCUCUUUUCGUUUGUUUCUUUGUGUUGGGGGGUUUUAUUGGAGGGGGGAGGCAGAGAGGUAGCCCUUGGCGUAGUCAUGGAUGAAAUUGCCCCUUGAAUGCGGGUACUUGCAGCUGUUGCGUUUUGUUCUCCGGUCCUUUGAGGUGAAGGCUUUCCCUGUUGUGGGCACGAGGUGGGGACCAAUCAUUAACUUACCAGCAGCAAGCCAUCAGCAGCUCUCACUGUCCCUGAUCAGAAACCCAGCAAA